CUUCUCUCUCAUUUAUUCAAUUCAUUCAACUAGGCUUUUUUACGUCCCAUCAUCCCCUUCUCUUUCUUAACCCCAAACAAAUAAACAAAACCCUCUCUUCUCUUCCUCACCAGAAGAUCAUCCACACCAUUUCACCAAUCCAACACCUCUCCUCGUUACUUGCUACUCAUCCUCAUGGACGCUGCAUCGGCGCCGCCUCCUCAGCCGGAGGGAUCAUCACCGCCGCCGCCCAGCCGCUACGAGUCGCAGAAGCGCCGCGACUGGAACACCUUCUUGCAGUACCUGCGCAACCACAAGCCGCCAUUGACGUUGGCACGCUGCAGUGGCGCGCACGUCAUCGAGUUCUUGAAGUACCUCGACCAGUUCGGGAAAACCAAGGUGCAUGUGGUAGGGUGUCCGUAUUUCGGACAUCCUAACCCUCCUUCCCCAUGUGCCUGUCCUCUCAGACAGGCGUGGGGCAGCCUUGAUGCCUUAAUUGGACGACUCAGGGCGGCCUUCGAAGAAAAUGGAGGCCGCCCUGAGUCUAAUCCUUUUGCGACUCGGGCUGUCCGAAUUUACCUCAGAGAGGUUCGGGAAGCCCAAGCCAAGGCUCGAGGAAUACCCUACGAGAAGAAGAAGCGCAAGAGAACUACUGCUAUUACUACCACCACCACCGUUGUCUCCGCCGUAAGCAGUAGUAGUCCUAAUAAUAAUACUAUUACAAGCGGUGCUGGCAGCAGCGCUGGUAACGCUAACGGGGCUGGCGUUAGUUUAACUUCUGCAGCUACACCGAAUGUUACUACCACUACUACCGUAUAGUAUAAUAAUUUUUAUCAUUUUUUUUCCUUCUUUA